AUGGCUAUACAGAUUAUAAAGGAUAUGCACCGAAUCGAUCAAAAGCUGGAGGAUGGAAAUCUGCAGCAUUCAUCUGGUCAGGAAAUCUCUCUGCUCUUUCUUUUGUCCACCUUUCUAUUGGCUGAUCAGAAACUAGAAAUAUUGAUUGAAUUGGCUUCAUUCACUUUCAUGCAAGGCAAUAAAGAUAAAGAAAUCCCUGAUGAGAGAAUCCAUGCACAAUUCGCUCAAGUGACAGAUGCUUCAUACAGCAACGAGAAUCCUCAAAGCUCUAAAAACCAAAGAAUAUUUGUGGUUAGGUUUCUGGAGGAUGUAUUAUCUGCAGCUGAUGGUGAUGCAAAGAACAUCGAUACAAUCUCCAACAGGAAUAACAAGACGAACGUUUUAAAGCUGCUUCCUAUAUGGAAUACUUGCUUAACAUACACAAUUUCAUAUUCUCAAGCCACCACAUUUUUUACCAAGCAAGCAAGUGCUGUGGAUAGAUCAUUAGGCCCAACUAUUAACAUUCCGGCAGCCUCACUAAGGACUUUCAUCGCUUUUUCUAUUUUGUUCGGCAUUACGAUUUAUGAUCAAAUUUUUGUGCUAAUUGCAAAAAAGGUUACAGGAUAUUCUUCUGGUAUAACAAAGUUGCAGCGAAUACGAACUGGGAUGGCCAUAUCUGUCCUUAACAUGGUUGUUGCAGCUCUGGCUGAAAUGAAACGACUCAAAAAUGCUGGUGCCUUAGGCAGAGGAAAUUUCUUGAGCAGUUUUCUCAUUUCUGCAAUUGAGAAAGUGACAAGUGGAAAUGGAAGAGACAGUAGGCUCUGUGAUAAUUUGAAUCAUGCACAUCUUGAUUACUUCUAUUGGUUGCUUGCUGGAGUUGGGGUUUUGGGUUUAGUUGUCUAUGCAUACCUAGCAAAUUCAUACAAAUAUGAGGGAUAUGCUUCUAGAAAGAAGAGGAUCCAAAACAUUGAUUAA